GGACUAUGUCUGCAAAUACUUGAACUUGAAAGUGGAAAGUGUAGUUUUACCGAUUUCUUUAGGAAGUAAUCUACGUCUACCACGGACGCUAAUUUGAAGAGGGGAAGGUUAAGUGUGCAACACCGUUGUCAUGGUAAUAUUGGGUACUCACAGACGCUCUGAAUUUCCAUCAGCGAAAAAAAUCGGUUGUCUAGGCAUGUAAUUACCUUUGCGCAAAAAAAUAUUGCAACUAAUAUAGAAAUAUCAUAUUCAAUUUCACUUCAAGUUUGUUUCGCGUCAAGUUUGUUGAUUUUAUGAAGUAACGUUAGGCUAUGGACUCGGAGUAUUUGAAAAGGCGUCUGGGAAAAUGUCUGGCCGAGGGUCUGGCAGAAGUUGCAGAGCAAAGACCUUUGGACCCAAUUGAAUUUCUAGCACAGUGGAUUUACAAGUACAAAGAAAAUCUCGAUUACCAAGAGAAAAGAAACGUCUACCUGAAGGAACUGGAGAAGGAGCAAGCCAUAGCGAGGGACGAGGCCUUGCAGCAGAAACUGCUGAUGGAGGAGGAGGAGAGGAUCAGAGUGGCACGAGAGGAGGAGAAAGGAGGUUCUACACCUCCGUCAACGCCACCACAAGACCGACCAAAGAAGACCAACCUGCAAAAACUGGAGGCAGUAAAGGAGGAUGAGGAUGGGCUACAAACGGAUGAAACCGUCGCAGUUGGAGCUCCAGAUGGCGCUGAGGGUGAACAGCAGCGAGAUCCGGAGGCUGGUUUGGACGCCCAGAUGACUGGAGAGGGGCAACUAUCUCAGCCUGAGGGGGAAGAGGCCGGAGACCCCCAGACACACCCAGAGUCUCUGGAGCCAUCGCAACAGCAGUCAGUGGAGGAGGUGACUCAGCCAGAACCCAGCCAGUAUGCUGCGGAACCAGCAAAAGCAGAACCGGAACCAGAACCAUCUGAGGAACCAGGAAAUGCAGAACCGGCAUCUGAAAGACCAGCGGGUCACGUUAAAGAACAACACGAGAUGGACCAACACACAGAGGUCUUAGGAGACAAAGAGAAGGAAGGAGGUUGUGAUGUCUGAAGCCUAGUAUGUUGGGAUUACCCUUAAAAGAGAGAUUUUGGUUCAUCACGCUUACAACCAUCAAACCCCAUUAAACUUAUUAGAGGUUUGA